AUGAUCAAAUAUGCGGUACGCAACGAAAGGAUAACCCUCUUUGAGGGUUUCAAUAGACUUUUCUCAACCCACUCUCUACUAGCUGAUCGGGCAAGUUCACCGACGACUUCCUGUAUCACGCAUGGCAAAAGAUACUUGCAGACAUCGCUGAGCGACGACUCUGGGUACGCUACCUCAUCAUCUCCCGCGCAAUGGGGCUUCAAGUUCGGCGCAAAACGGCAGGAAAGGGAUAAGACAAGCCCGAUAUCCAACACCUUAUCGGACUAUCCACCUUCCAAAUGGUCGAGCUAUUCACUGCCCUCGAAACAAGCGUUGAAAGAACAGCAGGAGGAAGCGGAUGCGAGAGAUGCGGAAAACAGGAACAGAGUAGCUGCGGCGCAGGAAGCCAUCAGAGAAGCAUCGAAGCCAGACGUCACAGAACAUUCAAAAAGGGCUAAAAAAAGAACUCUGAGGCCACGGAAAGCGCUCAUUACACUCAGUCCCACGGCGCUGUCGCAUUUGAGAGGCCUCCUGGAUCAGCCUGAACCCAAAUUAAUACGCAUAGGAGUAAGGAAUCGAGGUUGUUCUGGCCUUACAUACGAGCUGCAAUACAUCACAGAACCCGGGAAGUUUGACGAGAUCGUCGAACAAGAUGGCGUUAAGGUCAUAAUAGAUUCGAAAGCUCUUUUCAGCAUCGUCGGCAGCGAAAUGGACUGGGUAGACGACAAGUUAUCUUCCAGGUUCGUCUUCAAGAACCCAAACUCGAAGGGAACCUGCGGAUGUGGUGAGAGCUUCAUGGUCUAA